AUGGGCAUACGCACUGCCUUCAAAACACCACUUGGUACCACCCCCUUUCAUCUUGUCUAUGGUAAAGCAUGUCAUUUACCUGUAGAGCUGGAGUACAAAGCAGCUUGGGCUAUUAAGGAGUUGAACUUCAACCUAAAGACAGCAGGAGAAAGAAGAUUGAUUCAGCUGAAUGAGCUUGAUGAGAUUAGGCAUCUGGCUUAUGAGAAUUCAAAGAUCUAUAAGGAGAGAACCAAAGCUUUCCAUGACCGCAAGAUCAUCCCAAAGAACUUUGCGCCAAACGACCAAGUUCUACUAUUCAACUCAAGGUUGAAACUCUUUCCAGGAAAGCUUCGCUCAAGAUGGUCAGGACCAUUCAGGAUUAAAGAAGUUCGCCCCUAUGGAGCAGUGGUACUUGGGACCCAAUGGGAGGAGACUUUACAGUCAAUGGACAAAGGUUAA